AUGGAGACAUUUCGAACAGUUGAAGAUAAUCCCCCUGAAACACUUCAAACCCUCAUUACGUAUGAGGAAAAGCCUGGUCAAGCGCAAAACUUUCUUGCCCGCAUGGGUAAGAACUUCAGGUGGCCCCUUUCUAUGCCAAAAUAUCUCAGAAGUCAUGCCUUCAGAAAUAUUGCUGAUCGCGAGUUCGAAUACGACGAAGAGGCUGGACUUAAUAUCAUAUUUUUCUACAACGCACUCGACAGAGGCGAAUUUUCUGGACAUGAAAACGAGUGGGUAACGGUGCACCACCAAAAAAUAAUCGAGUGUGGACAGGAAUAUAGCGAUGAUCAAUUGGACCACGUUCUCGAAACUUUGCCUGGUGCCAUCCAACUUCCGGUUGAUCAGACACGUUUGCCACGUAGUCCGCCGGCGAAAAUGGUGAUUGGUCAGCGUGCUAAUAAUGGGGAAGACUACAAGAUAAGAGUUCGCGUCAGAAGACCUGGAGAAAGUAAUAUAGUUGCUCAGCUUACUUACGAUUUUUAUGACACCAGAAAUAACAAUAAAAAGUAUACGUGCGUGAUUGAUACAGGUGCACCAAAUACGAUCUUGCCAUAUCAUGUUAAAAGGGUACUUGGGAGUAGGGGGUGGAGUACGAUACCAAGAAUAGCUGGGGGCUACGGGGCACCUGCGGAACAAAUUUGUGCGUCUAAGAUAUUUGAGGUGUCUAUUGGAGAUGAUAAUAAUUGGACCAAGUGGGUUCAAGCCAGAAUCCUACUCUGGCAAGAAAAACCAGGAAAUCAAGUGGAAUAUGCCCUUGUCGGUAAUGAUGUUACGGAUCAACUGGCAUACGCACACGAGCCAAGGAACCCAUUAAAGUUCUUAAACAUUGCAGAUGAGACCAGGCUCACCACUGAUAAGAUCACUGAGCUUAAGGCUGAGAGAACUGAACUUAAGGCCAGGAUUGCCGAGCUUCUAAGACAGACUGUGGAAGAAAAUAAAAUGCGUGAUGUUAAGGUCAAGGAAUUAGAGCAAAAAAAUUCAGAGCUUGAGACCAGACUCGCUAUAUUAGAACAGGAAGAAAAAGGUAUUUCUAUAAAAGAUGUUUCGCGAUCUCCAGUAAAUUCUAACGAUACUCCGGCAUCUAACAUACCUGAUAAUACUUUAAAUUCUAGUAUCACUCCUGAACAAAUGGAAAAUAGCUCUGAUAUAACAUCUGAUGAUGUAAAACAUCAAACUUAUGGUUCAUCUGAUACAUACCAAAAAAAGAAUAGCCGAUCCUCCAUGCCUUCUAUUACUAUGAAAACUACAUCAUCGGAAGAGAAGAAAAUAAAUUAUUUCCUGGAUAGUGUACAUAAAGAAACGAUUAGUGAGAAAAUAAGAAAAACGAAUCUUAGAUCUCAAGACAAAGUACAGAAAAUCAUGUCAGAAAUUUCUGAAAACUCAAGUUCUAUUAAUAAUGAUAAUAUAGAUAGGGAUGUGACAACUACUAUUCAGGAUGAAGUGGAAUCUCUGCCCAGCAAUACUAACUUUACGCUUUUAUAUGGAAAACUUUGUGAUGCUAUAAUUCUUGCUGAUCGUAAAACCCAAGAAGCUAUCGCGUGUUAUUGCCUAUUUGGAAAGGCUAUUAUUCAGAGACGUAAUGAAAUAGCAUCGGAAAGACAAGUUGAUCCAGAAUCCAAUACUGUUAGUAGAAUUUUAAAUAAAGAAGUAAAAGCACAAUUACCCACAGACACUUCUGAUAGCCUUUUACGUAAGAGAAUUGAAAAAGCAAAGAAGCUUUAUAAACUUUUUGAUGCAAUAGAUAAUGUAUCCUUUGAUUAUAGCAUUAAUGUAAGCCUGCCUCUGGCUGAGUUAUGGGAUGAUGAGAAAAGUUCUGUAACCCAACUUUGUGAACCAAGAUCACGAAGUGAUUGGCAAAAUUCUUGUGAGAAGGAAAAUAAUAAUUCAGAAACACCUGCUUCCUCUAUCCUAUCGCCUAAUACGUCUGAUUCGGAAGAUAUGAUAAGUAAGGAUAACAAAUCUUUACCAGUGAAAGAGAUAAGCAUAUCUACUGGAGCAAUUUUAAAGGAUAAACAAGAAACUGCAAAUGAUGAUAAUAAUACAUGUAUAAGCGAGAAAGCCGAAUCUUUACUGGAGGAAGAGGCUCCACUAUUGAUCUUCAGCGCAUGUCUUCAUAUAACCUAA